AUGGGACGCCAACUUCCUGGCCGAGAUGGGCGAGCAGCGGCUCUUGCCUUGCCCCUCCAUCAUUUCAACCACUUCCACCCCACCUCACCCCCGUUUACCCUCACUCCCUCCCAGCUCUGCCUGGCCAGUGCAUUAAGGGACGUGCUGCGCAAGCUGUGGGACGCCAACUUUCUCGCCAAGAUGGGCGAGCAUGCAUCAAGGGAUGUCCUUCGCAAGCUGUGGGACGCCAACUUCCUAGCAGAGAUGGGCGAGCAGUGGCUCUUUGUCACUCCCGCCGACGCCGUCAAGCUCUGUCGCUCCGUGGCCGUGGCUGCACCGGCUGUGAAGGAGCAGGAUGAGCUGCUGGCGUCCGUUCAGCUCUCAUCCCCAGCUCUCCCCCCCCUUUUAGCAUGCCAGCUCGUAGCAGCCAGCGCGCAGCCAGACGCCAGCGCGCUCACCAGCGCGCCCGCGCCAGCACCCCAGCGCGCACUCGCUAGCGCGCAGCCAGCCGCAGCGCGCACGCUAGUGCGCAGCCAGCCGCUAGCGCGCACCAGCAGCAAGCUGCCAGCACGCGCUAGCAGCGCACUGCCUGCUGCUUGCCACCAACCCACCGCCAGCGCACGCCAACUGCGCGCCAGCCACUCACCUGCAGUUGCGUGCCAGCGCCGUGCCACCUGCGGCCACCCGCUGCCAUGCUAG